GAAGAGGCAGAAGGGGAUACAAGUCACAUAGGCUGAACGCAGCUCCUUAGCUGCCCGGGUCACCCAAGCUUGCUUUGCUUUCCCAUGCGCUUGGCAUCCUGGCACAGGUGCCAGCCCGGUGCCCUCUCCCCGUAAGAGACGUUGAAUUCUGAGGGCGCCCGGUCCCUAGAAGAUGACCAGCGGUGUGAGCCAGCUGCCGCAAAGCUGCCCAGCGCCUGCAAGGAGCACCUCCCUGCCCUGAUCCUGCACCCCGAAUCCCUACGCGCAGACUUCUUUUCCACCCCCCUUUCCUUCCUCCAAUGCCUGGCCAUGGGUUGGAUGUGUGCUUUGAUCUUGGCUUCCUCCUAUUGCCAAACCGGCUUCGCCUUCAGCUCCCACUUCGACUCGGAUGGACCCCUGCUGAGUGAGCUGUCCUGGCCCUCGUCACUGGCCGUGGUGGCGGUAUCCUUCUCUGGGCUCAUCACCAUCAUCUUCCUCAUGCUGGCCUGUCUGUGCUGCAAGGGGGACAUCGGAUUCAAGGAACUGGACAAUGUGGAAGGAGAAGACUACACCACGGAGUUCUCCGUCCAGAGCUCCCCGGCUCCCCAGAAUGGACCCGAGGUUUACGUCCUGCCACUUACGGAGGUCUCUGUGCCAAUGUCCAAGCAGCCCGGGAGAUCAGUGCAACUUCUUAAAUCCACCGAUUUGGGAAGACAGAGCUUGCUGUACUUGAAGGAGAUUGGCCGAGGCUGGUUCGGCAAGGUCCUGCUGGGGGAGGUGAAUUCGGGACUGGCCAGCACCCAGGUUGUGGUGAAGGAGCUCAAAGUCAGCGCCAGCGUCCAGGAGCAGAUGCUGUUCCUAGAGGAGACUCAACCCUACCGCGGACACAACAGCCUCAUAAACCUAAUGAUGGAGACGUCAGGAUCCUGGCAUGUCAACAACACAUUCCUUACACAUGACCGCGUCUGUUUUUGGCUCCGCGCCGCCAUCCCCGCCUUCCCAAUUUUCCAGAUUUGCAGCGUGAAAAUGCUUUGGCACGAAGACAUUCCUGCCGGGGCGAUGGGAGCCGUAGUCACGGUUAUUACAGCGGCGUUCCUGCCUGAGGCAUCCAUUAAAGAGGACCUGUCUUUGCUUGAAAUGAGACGAUGUACUGCCGGGGGAUCUCACCGAGGCGGGCUUUUCAGAUGA